GGGUACUUCCUAUCAAGGCACACUCGACUAGGGAGAAGUGCGGCUUCUCUCUCGAGAAGUAAACUACUUACCUUUGUCUCCGAGGGUUUAUUAUUAUGAUUUUUGUUUGUUUUACUUAAUUUGACAGAAAAAAAAAAAUCCUUCACUUAAAUGUUUCUCAGCUGAGGGGUAUGUGGCUUGUUCUCUGAAACAUCCGUGAGUGCUGAUACCUUUUUAAACAAAAAAGGGAGUACUGUUGUCUGUGUACGCAAGGGCAACCAACUAUUAAAACGUAACGUCUUUCAUUGAAGAAUCUUCAAGUUCAAGUUACCUGUUCUCCAAUUUUAUUCCAUGUGGAAUUUAUUUCCAGUCUCUUUGUCAGGCUGAAUAAAACCAGAAUGAGAACUUAUGUGAUGGCAGCCUGUUUGCUUGGACUGUUUCUCUUUGUAUCGCAGCCACUCUCCGUUCCAUCCAGACCAACUGUAAAUGAUGAGGCUGUUGUGUCAUCAAAGACCGCUGACGAUGAGCAACUAAGAGCACCUUCCAUCCAAAAUGAGACCCAAACAGCUGUCCAUCCGAAUGGAACCAGCCAGCACCUGCCUCAAACUAUUAUCAUUGGAGUGAGGAAAGGUGGGACUAGAGCUUUAAUUGAAAUGCUUAGCCUCCACCCUAGCAUUGCAGCAGCAGAGAGCGAGGUUCACUUUUUUGAUUUGGAGGACCAUUUUGAGAAAGGCUUCCAAUGGUAUGCCAGUCAGAUGCCUUUCUCAUACCCCCACCAAAUCACAGUGGAGAAGACCCCAGCUUAUUUCACUUCCAGUAAAGUGCCAGAGAGAAUUCAUAAGAUGAACCCGGCCAUCAGGCUCCUCUUGAUCCUGAGAGACCCCACUGAGAGAAUCCUCUCGGACUACACUCAGGUGUUUUACAAUCACAUGCAUAAGAACAAGCUAUACCAGCCUAUUGAGACUGUGAUUAUUAAAAAUGGGGACAUCAGCAUGGACUACAAAGCAUUAAACAGAAGCCUGUAUUACAUCCAUAUGCAGAACUGGUUAAAGUAUUUUCCCCUAUCACACAUUCAUGUGGUUGAUGGAGACAUGUUGAUCAAAGACCCUCUUCCUGAAAUGAAAAGGGUUGAAAAGUUUUUAAACCUCUCGCCGCAAAUCAAUGCCUCAAACUUUUAUUUCAACCAAACAAAAGGUUUUUACUGCCUAAGGGACCAUGGCAGAGAGAGAUGUUUACACGAGUCAAAAGGAAGAGCACAUCCUCAAGUGGCCUCUCCAAUACUUGAGAAGUUAUACCACUUCUUUCAUGAGCCAAACAAGAAAUUCUUUGAACUGAUUGACAGGACCUUUAAUUGGCAUUAAUUUAUGCUGGUGUAUAGUUGAUAUGAAAAUUGACACAUUCCAGCAGCAUAAACUAUAAGCAGUAUUAGUAGAUAAUAGGGAAUAAUUUACAUGGAAAUUAAUCUCAGUGAAAAAAAAAUAGUGUACAGUAUACAUGAUAUGCAUAAGGUAAAUAUAUAUUUUUUACAGGUUUUGAAAAUAUAGCAUCAAAAGCCAGUUGUAUGUCUGUUUGUGUGUUCCCUGAUUGCAUGCUUUCUCCUCUGUUGGUAAUAUAAUUUGAACAGUGGACAUGUGCUUUCUGUACACUUGUGGCAGCAUAGGUUUAGAUUGCUUUUAUGCAAGAUAUCAAGACGUUGCUGUUCCAGCAAUGUACUGCAGUCUUGUCUCCUAUUUGUUCCAGGGUGCAGUUUACUAAAACAGGAUGCAAACAACACCCGAGCAGCAUGCUAUCAACUGUGAUUACAGAGUGCAUUUAGAAAAUAAAUAAAUAAAUACAGCCAAACUGCUUGUAAAUGUAUACAUUAACAUUUAUUUU